AUGGGGCAGGGGAGAAAGGAAAAGGGAGAGGGGGAAGGGGGAAGGGGGAAGGGGGAAGGGGAAGGGAGGACGGCGCCGGCGAAGGGGGAAAGAGGAAAGGAUAGGUGUUGGUGGGGGGAAGGGGAAAGGACGCAGGGUGGGGGAAGGGAAAAGGACGAGGGUGGGGGUGGGGGGAAGGGGAAAGGGGGGAGGGGGACGGCGGCGACGAAGGGGGAAAGGGAAAAGGACGCGGGGUGGGGGUGGGGUAGGGGGAAGGGGAAAGGGGAGAGGGGGGAGGGGGACGGCGAAACUUGGAGCCGCUGUCGCCGUGGUGGUGCCGUCGCCGUUGGGGAUCGCGAUGGAGAGAGGAGACGCGAGCCACUGCCACCGCCUCGCUGCCUUGGUGGUGUUAGUGUUGGUAUUGGUGGUGGUGGUGGUAGUGGUUGUGGUUGUGGUGAUGUUGGUGUUGGUAUUGGUGUUAGUGUUGGUGGUGGUGCUGGUGGUGAAAAAGAGGAGUAA